CAGUCGCAGCAGUCAAAAGAGCAGUCGCAGCAGUCAAAAGAGCAGUCGCAGCAGUCAAAAGAGCAGUCGCAGCAGUCAAAAGAGCAGUCAAAAGAGCAGCAGUCACAGCAGUCCCACGCUCUCAACUCGCGGUCCGCGCUCUUCAUCCCCGGACGCCUUGGGACGCAGCCAAGCUCCCACGACAGCGCACGACCCGCACCGCAGAUAACUUCGAAGAUCUCUGGCGCUCUGAAUUUGGCGCCGCGGAUGCAGCAGCGCGCGCAAGACCCUGGUGUGCCGGGCGCGGGAUGGGCUGACUUCGCGGCGCAUAUCGAGGGGGACAAUCGGAGGAUGCUGGAGGAUGUGCGGCAGGGUCGGGAGAGCCUCGGAGGUGAGACGAUUCAGCCUGAGUUCAGGGAGACGUUUAAGAGGAGGGGGAGGGAAGAGGAUGAGGAGAGAGGGAAGGAGGAUAGUGAUAGUGAUAGUGAUGAGGAGGGCGGGGUGAGACUGUAG